CAUCACCCAACUGCUCUUCAUCACCGAGAAUGAUAUCUCUUGGGCAGCUAAGAGCUAAUGGCUUAUCCCGCCAGAUAUUCAAUUGUUUGCAUAAGAACGGCGCUUAUCCAUUACAGAUAAGUCGGCCUGCGACUCUCUCUGCCAUCCACAGAGGAGUGCGGCGAUCUGAGAGAGUCCAGUUCGGAGAUCAAUACAGAGAUCGAGAUUCCUCAGGUAGGGGCAGAAGUGAUGGACUGACUAGAAGGGCACUCGACGGCGCUGCAUCCCCUCGGCAACAGCAAAAGCUACGCAAGAAACUUGGUCGGAAGGCGGCCGAGGAAGAGGACGAGGAACCCGGCAAAGAGACUAGACGCAAGCGCUUCCUCAAUCCAGAGUCUGACUAUGGGAAGAAGAGCCUAGUGUACCAGCUUAAACAUGGAGCAUUCAAAGAUCAGGCGGCCGCCCUCGUACAAGAGCCUGUACGUCCGCUGCCAUACCAGAGACUAGAAACCAGCCCUCGGCGCAGGACGGAAUCUCCCCGGUAUGGGUCAGAGCGCUCGGAAAGGCCUCCCUAUUCUGACAGGCGUUCUGAUAGGCGUUCAGUUGGGCGCUCAGCAGGGCGCUCAUCUGAUCGCCCUCGCCCAUCUGAUCGCAGAGAGCCCUUUGAUCGCAGAGAGCCCUUUGAUCGCAGAGAGAAUUUUGAUCGCAGAGAGAAUUUUGAUCGCAGAGAGAAUUUUGAUCGCAGAGAGAAUUUUGAUCGUAGAGAGAAUUUUGAUCGCAGAGAGAAUUUUGAUCGCAGAGAGAAUUUUGAUCGCAGAGAGAAUUUUGAUCGCAGAGAUGACGCCGAUGGGGAUGUGGAAACGCCGCAGCCUCGCGAGAGGAGAAACCAGAUGAUGGCCAUGAAUAUCAAGUAUACAACUGCCGCGUCGCAGUUCCUCUACGGCAAGUCUGUUGUCAAAGCAGCACUGGAGCAAGGACGACGGAAGCUAUACAAACUCUUCAUCUACGGAGGCGAGAAUAGAAAGGACUCAAAAGAUAACGCCAUCAUCACAAGAUUGGCGGAGAGACGAGGGGUUCCAAUUACCAUUAUCCCAAAUGAGGAUCAGAGAUUAAUGGACAAGAUGAGCAUGGGUCGGCCACACAAUGGGUUUGUUCUAGAAACGUCGCCCUUACCUCGACUACCUGUGAAGUCUCUAGGGAGGCUCGAAGAAACUCUGGGGAAGUUAGGUUUUCAUGUCGAGUUGGAUCACCAGUCAAAAGAGGAAGAAGAUAUCAACGGGCAUGAUACAUUUAUCCCACGGAAAAACAACAACGCACCAAAGCCCUUUGUUCUAUUGCUCAAUGAGAUCCUGGAUCCAGGCAACCUGGGAGGCAUCCUUCGAACGGCAAGUUAUCUCGGCGUUGAUGCAGUGGGCAUCACUAAUCGCAGCUCAUCGACACUCACUCCAGUUGUGCUCAAAUCCGCGGCUGGUGCUGUGGAAGAGAUUACAAUAUUCAGCGUUGACUCGCCUGUUAGCUUCAUAGAAGAAUCUCGAAAAGCAGGAUGGAAGACAUAUGCCGCCGUUGCCCCGCCAGACCCCAAACUUGCCCAGAGGCACGGAGACAAGUUCAUCUCAACAGCUACUGUCGAGUCGGAACAGCCGCUGGCGAGUCAUCCCACCAUAUUGGUUCUGGGAAAUGAAGGUCACGGCCUAUCCAAGCCAAUCAAGGUGGCGGCCGAUUACGAGCUAUCAGUGCCGUACUUUGUUCAAAACAGCUGCGUGGAUAGCUUAAACGUCAGUGUUGCCGCUGGCUUGUUGUGCCAUGCCUUUGUGAGGGCCCCAGCUAUUGUUAAGUCGACAGCUGCGAAAAACGAGAAGGAGGAGACUUUAGCGGAAACGGCGUCGGGUGCCGAGAAGAUGGAAAAUCAAGACGAGAAAGAUGCUCUUUUUUAACAGACAAAAACAUUCUAGCAAGCAUAAUGACGGUUUAUGACAGAUAUGUACUUGUAUUUAGCAAUUCCGUCGAGGUGUAAGAUUUAUGUACGAAUAUGGAUGGGAGCCAUGCAUCCCCACAGCCAAUUAACAUGACGGUAAAGAAAAGCACCGCUCCCAGCAAGAACAUGCGCG